GGAAGUACUCUCAAAUACAUUCGUUCUAUCAUCUAUCCAAUUAAGUUAUCUUCUCUUUAAUUGAUAGUCGCUCGGCGCCUCAGCCUCAGAUAAUCAGAAAUGGCAAAGAGUAUUUGUUUUCUUGUUGUGAUAAUGAUGACAGCAUCAAUGGUUGUCGACGGUAGGCAUUUGUUAGCUAACACUGGUGGCCUCGGGGAUACCACUGGUGGCUUGCUCGGAAAUACCAACCCAGGUGGCUUAUUUGGGGACAAGAACACUGGUGGCACAAAUUUGCUCGGAGACAGCAACACAGGCGGCGUAAAUGUCCUCGGAGGCAGCAACACAAAGGGGGUGAACGUGUUGGGGAACAGCAACACUGGUGGGUUAAAUCUGCUCGGAGAUAGCAACACUGGUAGCAUAGCUGCACUCGGUAACAGCAACACAGGUGGUGUAAAUGGGCUUGUGAACAGUAACACGGGUGGCCUAAAUUUACCCCCCCUAGGUGGCAUAACUGUGCCCCAUGUGUAAAUGUGCUUGGACGCAGUGGCGACUGAAUACGCAGGUGCAUUAGCAUUCUCGCAGUUAUCAAUUUAUCAUCAACGUGGAGUCUGAAGGAGGAAGUAGAAUUAAAUAAAAAAGAAUUGGUUCCUAAGAGAACACAGUUCCUUACCAAUAACCUGUGUAACUAUGUUAUCUUAACUUACCCAUGUUCUUCCUUUCAGUUAUUCCUUUUUAUCAAUUGGGAUAACAGAUAGAUUUGUAGUCUUAAGGGUUUAAAAUAUGUACGUCUUCAGAGUUAUAAAUCAGAAUUAUAAUACUA